GUGAAGGCUUGUGUUGCUCUGCUUUCUUUCUUUAUUACUAUACAUAACACACGGUGUGGACUGUGGAAAGGAGACAGGGAUUGCGGAUGGCGCCCCUCCCUGCCUGACAAAGAAUUUAAGAGAAUCGUAGGGGGAGAAGAGACAGUCCCCGGGGCGUGGCCAUGGCAAGCAGCGCUGGUUUUCAAUGGAAGUCAGGUGUGCGGUGGAACACUUAUCAGCAGGGGAUGGGUGGUGACAGCAGCACAUUGUUUUCACGGGACCCCGGUAUGUGGAGUGUGACUCUGGAAGAGCAUCAUCUACGAGAGAAAGAAGGGUUCGAACAAAUAAUCGGCGUGGAUAAGAUCAUUAUACACCAACAGAACAACUUGGAUCUUCUGCUACAGCUUAUGACGAUAGCUACAACGCCACCUGACUACGAUCUGGCUCUCCUAAAACUCUCGAAGUCAGCCAAACUGAACAGAAACGUGCACCCGAUAUGUCUCCUACCUCCCAGCAAAAAGCUCCCUUGGGGCAGGAGAUGUUACAUAUCCGGGUGGUGUGCGACGGAGUAUGAAGGACCAAAACCCGAAACCAUACGUGAAGCUACAGAACAACUUGUCCCCCCGGAAAUCUGCAACCAAGUUGAGUCGUAUAACGGAACCAUCCAUUCCCGCGCGUUGUGUGCCGGGUUCGAUCAGGGGGGUGUAGAUGCGUGCCAGUUCGACAGUGCGGGGCCCCUCAGCUGCAGUAUCGGAAGCAGGUUUUAAAUGACAGGGGUGGUGUCGUGGGUUCACGAGUGCGCACGGCCUAAGAAGUACGGUGUGUAUGCGACCAUGAUGAGGAUGACGGGCUGGGUACGAGACACUAUCGCGGAGGUCGAGGAGAACCCUGGGUACCAUUGAUUUUUACAAGUCGACACCAGAAGUUAAAUACGUUUUUCACCAUCUUUACAAGCUCUAUGAUUAUAAUAUUAAAACCCUGCGGCCAGAUUCAAUUUAUUUUACAGCAUGUUAUAAGCUUAAGCCUUAGUAUUAUGCAACCUUUCAUUGUAUUGAUACACUGUACAUCCUAUUAUAUCAUUUAUAUUUUAAUAAAAACUAUUAAAAUGUUUUCAAUUAUGAUAUCAAGGUUGGAAAUCUUUCCCACACCAGCAAAAUAACAAAAUGUAAUUAGAGAAGCGACGCGGUAUUUCAGGCGCCCCUUAGACUAGCC